ACGGUCUCUGAGUAUGCUGACAGAGAAAAUACGUUUAAUUUGUACAGACAUUCCAUACAGUGCAAUUGAGUGAAAUUUGAAGAUCAGUGGCAAUAAAAGCACGAUGUAUUUCCAGAAAGUUAAUGGACGAAGUCUACUAACUUUUUCUCUACUAUGUUUCCUCUUAUUGUUAACACUAUUACAUCGGGCAUUUACACAAAGUUUCAGUUUUAGUAACUCUAUCGCAAAUAAUCAGUAUAUAUUGACAACAAAGGAUUUUUUACUUGGACCCUGUCUAGUCAAUACUAACCAAAUCUGUCCUGACCGAGAGAUUGGAUUUUUCCUCUUCACUCGAAAGAACAAAAUUCUUGGUCAGAAAAUUUUUGUUAAUAGUAGCGGAUCCAAUUUGGGUGACACAUAUUUUCAAUCACAAGAUCCCACAAAAAUUAUUGUUCACGGUUACAACUCGGACAUGCAACUAGAUUCGUUAGUAGACAUUCGACAGGAAUAUUUAAAAAAGAAUUAUUACAAUUUGAUUGCUGUAGAUUGGCGCAGACUAGCAUCCGGACCCUGUUAUCCAAUUGCAGUAUACAAUGUCCCACACGUUGGUCAAUGUCUUGCUCAGUUAAUCGAUAUACUUAAAGAUCAUGGAGCUAUGGAUAUCCAUGUAAUUGGCUUUUCUUUAGGUGCUCAUGUUCCUGCUUACUCAGCAAAUUAUUUGAAACCAUAUAAAUUAUCAAGAAUAACGGGCUUAGAUCCAGCUAUGCCACUUUUUAUUACUGUUAAUAAAGAUCAGAAACUGGACGAAGGAGACGCAGAAUUUGUAGAUGUCUUUCAUACCAAUGCCUUCGUACAAGGUAAAAUUGAAGCAAGUGGACAUAUAGAUUUUUAUAUGAAUGGUGGUAUUAACCAGCCGGGAUGUUGGGAAAAGAGAAAUCCCUUUGGAUGUAAUCAUCAUCGUGCGUCUGUAUAUUUUGCUGAGUCUAUUAAUAGCAAAAUUGGAUUCUGGGGAUGGAGAUGUUCCGGUUUUUUGACUUAUUUAUUAGGAUUAUGUCCCCCAAAGUUACCGGCAGUACUAGCCGGUGAUCCAGUAGAUAAGACUAAUAGAGGAUUCUUUUUAGUGAAAACAAAAGGUGAAAGUCCAUUUGCCGAAGGAAUGUUCACGAUUGAAAAUUUUAUGCCAUAA